AUGUCUAAAAAUCACGCAAUCAUCGUUCAAAAGCCUGGCGAGAUCGAAUUCCAAGGCACGACCAUUCCAACGCUUCGAGAUGAGUAUCUCCUCGUAAACACGAAAGCCGUUGCACUAAACCCAUCUGACUGGAAACACGUCGACUACCUCGCCAAGCCGGGUACCAUAAUAGGCUGUGACUACGCCGGCGAGGUUCUGGAGGUAGGAAGUGCAGUAAAGAAGCCCUUCAAGAAAGGCACCCGAGUCUGCGGCUUCUGUCACGGCGGCAACUCAGUAAACCAGUCUGUUGGUGCCUUUGGUGAGAUCAUUACCGUCAAAGGCGAUAUUCAAAUUGAAAUUCCGUCAAAUCUUAGUUAUGAAGAAGCCGCAACGCUUGGCGUGGGGAUCACGACUGUCGGACAAGGGUUGUAUCAAUCGCUCGAAUUACCUCUACCGAAUCAGCCUACGGCAGAGAAGACUUACAUUCUGAUCUACGGCGGCAGUACGGCUACUGGCGCGUUGGCAAUCCAAUUUGCGAAGCUUUCCGGCUUGACGGUGGUUACGACAUGUAGCCCGGGGAAUUUCGAGUAUGUCAAGAGCCUUGGUGCUGAUGCAGCAUUUGAUUAUAACUCUCCCACCUGCGCCAAAGACAUCAACGACUAG